AUGUCAUGUUACCAUGACAUUUCAGCUGGACGGCGAUCAGUGGCGGCAUUUGUUACGAGUUUGAAUCAUGGAAUGACCCGAUGGUAUUCACGCUGUGUGCUUCAGGAUCGUGGGCAAGAAAUUGUGGAUGGACUCAAAGUGUGCCUACAAGCGGCACUCAGGACAUGGUACUCCUACAAUGAACACAUGCCUACUCGUAUCAUCGUGUAUCGCGACGGUGUUGGUGACGGUCAGUUAAAAACCUUGGUGAGCUAUGAAAUCCCACAAUUUUUGGAAUGCUUGAAAACAGUUGGGGCUGACUACCACCCCAAACUCACAGUGAUCGUGGUGAAGAAGCAUGUGAACAGCAGAUUCUUUGCCAAAAUUGAAGGAAAACUACAGAAUCCACCACCUGGCACAGUUAUUGACUUAGAGGUUACUAGACCAGAAUGGUACGAUUUCUUCAUUGUCAGUCAGUCGGUGAAAAGUGGCACAGUUGCACCCACCCAUUACAACGUAAUCUAUGACAGCAGUGCGCUAAAGCCUGACUACAUGCAGAGGCUGACAUAUAAGCUGUGUCAUAUGUACUACAAUUGGCCGGGAGUCAUUCGGGUGCCUGCUCCAUGCCAGUAUGCCCAUAAGACAUAUUUGGACAACACUGGUCUAUAUUUCUGGAAUCUUAGAAUUCUGGAAUCUCCCUACAGCAAGGGCAUCAAACAGGCGGUCCAGAGUUGUCCCACAGGGCUGACCUGA